UCCGGGAGCCGCGGCGCAGUCGGUUUAGUCCCGACUCGAGCUUCCCAGCAGCGCCCUCCCCCGGGGCGGGCCCUGACUCUCGGUGCCAAGACGAGUGGGCGGCCAAGAAGCCGGUGGCCGACUGGGCGAGCGGCUGCAAGGAGCGGUGAGACUGGAGCGGUCAGGCUGGUGCCAGGACGAAGCGGCCGCGGCGAUCGGAAGAGAAACGAGGCCGGGGAAAGAGGAGGAAACAGAGCAGAUGAAGGGGAGCCGCCGCCGAGGAAGGAGGCGGAUCCUUUCGGCGGCCGCUGCAGCUGUUCCGGGACGCGGUCCAGGGAGUCGGCCCGCCUGUGAGGUGCUGGCCAGGUAGCUCCCCACCCAGAGGGCGCCCUCCCCGACCCCUCCCAGAGCGCUCGGCACGGAAGGAGCCAGGACCGCGCUCCGGGUGGCCAGGGCGCACCGCACCCCGAGAGGGGCGCCCUUGAGCCGCGCCGCGGCGCAGGUUCGCUUGCCGACUUGUCCGCCCGCCAAGAAAAGGAAGAGCUGUCCCUUCCCGCUCAACCCGGUUCCCCACCCCUUGUACUCUACACCCUGCAGAGGGCGAGCGGCGCGGCCACGGAGGCGCCGAGGAGGGGCGAGCCGCCGCCGGGCAGCGGCGUCCCUUCGGGGGAGAGGGCGCCGGAGAGGAGGCGGCGGCGCGGCGCGACGCGGGAUGGCAGCUGCUUAGCCCGGCGCGCGCGGAGCAGCCCCGAGCUGUGGCUGGCCAGACGGUGCGGCUGGGCGGGGGACGCCGCCGCCACUGCAGCCGGGCCGGGAGAGAUGAGCGCGGAGGCGGGCGAGGGCAUCACUUUCUCCGUGCCACCCUUGGCCGAGGGCGGCAGCUACCGGAGGGGAGGAGCGGCGGCGGCCGCCGAGGGCGAGGAGAACCAGCUGCCGCCGCCGCCACCGGGCAGCUUCUGGAACGUGGAGAGUGCUGCGGCCCCUGGUGCUGGGUGUCCCAGUGCCACCUCCGGGAGCAGCGCCACCCGGUGCCGGGGCAACUCUGGUGGCGGAGGAGGCCGACAGACCACGGUGGCAUAUGUCAUCAACGAAGCGAGCCAGGGGCAGCUGGUGGUGGCCGAGAGCGAGGCCCUGCAGUGCCUGCGGCAGGCGUGCGAGACGGUGGGCGCCACCUUGGAGACCCUGCAUUUCGGGAAACUGGACUUUGGGGAAACUGCGGUGCUGGACCGUUUUUACAAUGCAGAUAUUGCCGUGGUGGAGAUGAGUGAUGCCUUCCGGCAGCCGUCUUUAUUUUACCACCUUGGAGUGAGAGAAAGUUUCAGCAUGGCCAACAACAUCAUCCUCUACUGUGAUACUAAUUCAGACUCUCUGCAGUCACUGAAGGAAAUCAUUUGCCAGAAGAAUACUAUGUGCACUGGGAACUACACAUUUAUUCCUUACAUGAUAACUCCACAUAACAAGGUCUACUGCUGUGAUAGCAGCUUCAUGAAGGGCUUGACAGAGCUCAUGCAGCCGAACUUUGAGCUGCUCCUUGGACCCAUCUGCUUACCUCUUGUGGAUCGUUUCAUUCAACUUUUGAAGGUGGCACAAGCAAGUUCCAGCCAGUAUUUCCGGGAAUCUAUACUCAACGAUAUCAGGAAAGCUCGUAACUUAUACACUGGUAAAGAAUUGGCAGCUGAAUUGGCAAGAAUUCGACAGCGAGUGGAUAAUAUUGAAGUCCUGACAGCAGAUAUUGUCAUAAAUCUGUUACUUUCCUACAGAGAUAUCCAGGACUAUGAUUCUAUUGUGAAGCUGGUAGAGACUUUAGAAAAGCUGCCAACCUUUGAUUUGGCCUCCCAUCACCAUGUGAAGUUUCAUUAUGCAUUUGCACUGAAUAGGAGAAAUCUCCCUGGAGAUAGAGCAAAAGCUCUUGACAUUAUGAUUCCCCUGGUGCAAAGCGAAGGGCAAGUUGCUUCAGAUAUGUAUUGCCUCGUUGGUCGAAUCUACAAAGAUAUGUUUUUGGACUCUAAUUUCAUGGAUUCUGAAAGUAGAGACCAUGGAGCUUCUUGGUUCAAAAAGGCAUUUGAAUCUGAGCCAACACUACAGUCAGGAAUUAAUUAUGCAGUCCUACUCCUGGCAUCUGGGCACCAGUUUGAAUCUUCCUUUGAGCUCCGAAAAGUUGGGGUGAAGCUCAGUAGCCUUCUUGGUAAAAAGGGAAACUUGGAAAAGCUCCAGAGCUACUGGGAAGUUGGAUUUUUCCUGGGAGCAAGUGUCCUGGCCAAUGACCACUUGAGAGUCAUUCAAGCAUCUGAAAAGCUUUUUAAACUGAAGACACCUGCAUGGUACCUCAGGUCUAUUGUAGAGACAAUUUUGAUAUAUAAGCAUUUUGUGAAACUGACUUCAGAACAGCCCGUGGCCAAGCAGGAACUUGUGGACUUCUGGAUGGAUUUCCUCGUUGAGGCCACAAAGACAGAUGUCACUGUAGUUAGGUUUCCAGUAUUAAUAUUAGAACCAACCAAAAUCUAUCAACCUUCGUAUUUGUCUAUCAACAAUGAAGUGGAGGAAAAGACAAUAUCUAUCUGGCACGUACUUCCUGAUGACAAGAAAGGUAUACAUGAGUGGAAUUUUAGUGCUUCUUCUGUCAGGGGAGUGAGUAUUUCUAAAUUUGAAGAACGAUGCUGUUUCCUUUAUGUGCUUCACAAUUCUGAUGAUUUCCAAAUCUAUUUCUGUACAGAACUUCAUUGUAAAAAGUUUUUUGAAAUGGUGAACACCAUUACCGAAGAGAAGGGGAGAAACACAGAGGAAGGAGAUUGUGAAGGGGACUCCCUGGAGUAUGACUAUGAAUAUGAAGAAAAUGGUGACAGAGUCAUUUUAGGAAAAGGCACUUAUGGGAUAGUUUAUGCAGGUCGAGAUCUGAGCAACCAAGUCAGAAUCGCCAUUAAGGAAAUCCCAGAGAGAGAUAGCAGAUACUCCCAGCCCCUACAUGAAGAAAUAGCACUGCAUAAGCAUCUGAAGCACAAAAAUAUUGUUCAGUAUCUGGGCUCUUUCAGUGAGAAUGGUUUCAUUAAAAUCUUCAUGGAGCAGGUCCCAGGGGGAAGUCUUUCUGCUCUCCUUCGUUCCAAAUGGGGCCCACUGAAAGACAACGAGCAAACAAUUGGCUUUUAUACCAAGCAAAUACUGGAAGGAUUAAAAUACCUCCAUGACAAUCAGAUAGUUCACCGGGAUAUAAAGGGUGACAAUGUGUUGAUUAAUACCUAUAGUGGUGUUCUCAAGAUCUCUGAUUUCGGGACAUCAAAGAGGCUUGCUGGCAUAAAUCCAUGUACUGAAACUUUUACUGGUACCCUUCAGUAUAUGGCACCAGAAAUAAUAGAUAAAGGACCAAGAGGCUACGGGAAAGCAGCAGACAUUUGGUCUUUGGGCUGCACAAUCAUUGAAAUGGCCACUGGAAAACCACCCUUUUAUGAACUGGGGGAACCACAAGCAGCUAUGUUCAAGGUGGGGAUGUUUAAAGUCCACCCGGAGAUCCCAGAGUCCAUGUCGGCAGAGGCCAAAGAGUUCAUAUUGAAAUGUUUUGAACCAGACCCUGACAAGAGAGACUGUGCUAACGACUUGCUUAUGGAUGAGUUCUUAAAGGUUUCAAGCAAAAAGAAAAAGACACAACCUAAGCUUUCAGCUCUUUCAGCUGGAUCGAAUGAGUAUCUUAGAAGCAUCUCCCUGCCAGUGCCUGUCCUGGUGGAGGACACAAGCAGUAGCAGUGAGUACGGCUCAGUUUCUCCAGAUACGGAGUUAAAGGUGGAUCCCUUCUCUUUCAAAACAAGAGCCAAGUCCUGCGGAGAAAAAGAUGUCAAAGGAAUGCGGACGCUCUUUCUGGGCAUCCCUGACGAAAAUUUUGAAGACCACAGCGCUCCACCUUCUCCUGAAGAAAAAGAUUCUGGAUUCUUUAUGCUGAGGAAGGACAGUGAGAGACGGGCCACACUUCACAGGAUCCUGACCGAAGACCAAGACAAAGUUGUGAGAAACUUAAUGGAAUCUUUGGCUCAGGGGGCCGAAGAACCUAGACUAAAAUGGGAGCACAUCACAACCCUCGUCGCAAGCCUCGGAGAAUUUGUGAGGUCCACUGACCGGAAGAUCAUAGCCACCACCCUGUCCAAGCUGAAGCUGGAGCUGGACUUUGACAGCCAUGGCAUUAGUCAAGUUCAGGUGGUGCUCUUCGGCUUUCAAGAUGCUGUCAAUAAAGUUCUUCGGAAUCAUAAUAUCAAGCCACACUGGAUGUUUGCCUUAGACAGUAUCAUCCGAAAGGCGGUGCAGACAGCCAUUACCAUUCUGGUUCCAGAACUGAGGCCACAUUUUAGCCUUGCAUCUGAGAGUGAUACCGCCGAUCAAGAAGACUUGGAUGCAGAAGAUGACCAUGAAGAACAGCCUUCAAAUCAAACUGUCCGAAGACCUCAUGUGGUCCUUGAAGAUGCUGUGGCCACCUCAGGGGUGAGCACACUCAGCUCUACUGUAUCCCAUGACUCCCAGAGUGCCCACCGGUCGCUGAAUGUACAGCUUGGAAGGAUGAAAAUAGAAACAAAUAGAUUACUGGAAGAAUUGGUUCAGAAAGAGAAAGAAUUACAAGCACUCCUUCAUCAAGCUAUUGAAGAAAAAGACCAAGAAAUUAAACACCUGAAGCUUAAGUCCCAACCAAUAGAUAUUCCUGGGUUGCCUGUGUGUCACCUGAAUUCUCCUGGCACAAAUACUGAAGAUUCUGAACUUACUGAAUGGCUGAGAGAAAAUGGAGCUGAUGAAGACACUAUAAGUCGGUUUUUGGCUGAGGAUUAUUCACUAGCAGAUGUUCUCUACUAUGUUACACGUGACGAUUUAAAAUGCCUGAGACUAAGGGGAGGGAUGCUGUGUACACUGUGGAAAGCCAUCACUGACUUUCGCGACAAACAGACCUGACUGUCGCUCAAUUUGUUUCCAACUUUCCGUGGAGAUUCUAAAAACAAAUGCAGACCUGAUCUUCUAGGCGAGGGAGAAUCGAAGGGAGAGGAGAAAGAAGCUGCACUUUAAAUCCAGUAUUUGUUUACUCGUGUUAAAAAAAAAACAAAACAGACAAAAUACACUGAAAUUUCCUAACUGCUUCUAUUUCUAUGAUUCAUAAGGACUCUUUGUAAGGACUCUCAAAAUAAUCCUAAACACUGCAGUGUUUGGGAUUAUUUUAGUCUGAACAUUUUUAUGGAAAUAUUGUUAAUUCAGCAGCUAUAGCACUUCAGCCAAAUGUUUAUUUCACACGAAAUGGAUAGAACAUGUCAUGUGACUGUGCAUCACUGGAACAAAACCAAAAUGUGACAAUAACUUUUUAGGCUUAUGUGUGUUUGUAACAUGCCCUAAUAAUUUGAGUAGAAAUGCGUGAUUUUGAUUAUUGUAUAAAGUUUAUGGGGUUUUUUUAAAGUGUGCAGAAUCUGAGAGCAAUGGUUUUUACUUACCUGUAUUAAUUGUAAUAUUGACUAUAUUUUGUAACUUAAGUUUCCGGUCUAGAGUACAUUUGUUUGAGACAUUUAUGUACUACUGAACUGUACCAGUUGCACCUGCCUGAAUCCUAGUAACAUUAGCUUGUUCUAAAGCUACCCCUUGUGUCAUAUUUACUCUAAAAAGUAAAAAGACUCUCAACAUACUGUUUUGAUAAAUUCUAAAGAAUUCGUAUUUUGUUUUGGCAGUCUAGAUAAUUACUAUGUCAAAAUUCUAACCGUUUCUUCAUCUCUAACGUUAAAUAGAAUCUGUCUUCUCUUCAAGUAGUCAAAGAACAACUGACGUCCAAGUCAUUCCUCAGGGCUACAGAGUGGUAAAAGAGAGAACGUGGAAAAACAGAAUAAAAGAAAGUCAGUGUCUUUUUCUCAAGGCCCCAAGUUACCAUGAAUGACUAUUGUGUACCCCUUCAAAGGGGCUGCAAAUAGCAUCCCAGUGGAGAACACUGCAUUUUCUAUUCCCUUAAUUUUAGUUCUCAUAUUUGAGGGAAAUAUUUUUAUUUUAAGCUGGAUACGUAUUUUAUUUUAUAAGCCUGCCCAUGUGAAUAGGAUGAAGUCUGAAGCUCCUAGGUGGAUGAAUGACAUAAACAAAUUUCUUAAAUACAGAGGAACCUGUUUAUUAUGCAAGAUAGAAAUAUCAGAGCUAUAUCAUGACUUGAUCCAUGUAGAACAGUCUUUGAUA